AUGGAAUCAGUCAGAAAGGCCAAAGAUAGAAUAGCAAAAUAUCCAUUAAUAUUCUCAAAAUGUUCUAAACAAGGCAGCCUGUACGCGAAAUGUGUUCUACUCAGAGAGGAUUCAGUUAAAAAAGACGAUUGUGCUAAAGAAUUUAAGGAAUUCAACGCUUGUUUACAAACAGCCGCGAAAGAACUCAAAACUAGAAUAUAA